GCCAGCGCGUGCACGCGUGCCUCUCAGUAGUGUGGCUGCGACGCCGAAGCCCCAGCUUAGCAACACGGCUAACACGGAUACUACUAGCGUUACCGCUGCGGCUGUUUUUAUGACCCAGGGCUGUUUUUAGUACACAUUAGAGCUGAAUUACACGGCGUCGACACGAGUCGGAGUCCGGCGGUGGAAUAAAUAACACCUACUCUCUCUUUGCUUGUUUGGAAAGAUUAUAAUGCUCUUUCUUCUCAAAGGAUCCUGAGCCGAGCUGAGCGAGUGAGAUGAAGCGAGGCCGAGUAAACAUUGCGGCGAAGUGCCAGAGCUUCAGCCCUACUCAGAGCAGAGCCAAGAGGCAAAGGACUGGCCAGGGAGUGUCCGCCUCACAGAGCCAUGUCCCUGACUGGGGCAGCCUGCCCCAUCACAUCGUCCUGCACAUCUUCCAGUACCUGUCUUUAGUGGACCGAGCGCGGGCCUCGUCCGUGUGCCGCUGCUGGAACGACGUGUUUCACAUCCCCGAGCUGUGGAGGCGUUUUGAGUUCGAGCUGAACCAGCCGGCCACAUCCUACCUGAGGUCCACUCACCCUGACCUCAUCCAGCAGAUCAUCAAGCGACACGCUCAGCACCUGCAGUACGUCAGCUUCAAGGUUGACAGCUGCACAGAGUCUGCAGAGGCAGCGUGUAACAUCUUGUCCCAGCUGGUGAACUGCACUAUUAAAACCCUGGGCCUGAUCUCAACAGCAAGGCCCAGCUUUAUGAAUGUCUCUCAGUCACACUUCGUAUCUGCACUGACGGUGGUGUUUGUGAACUCCAAGUCUCUGUCCUCCAUAAAAAUUGAUGACACGCCAGUUGACGACCCUUCCCUGAAGGUUCUGGUAGCCAACAACAGUGACACGCUGAAGCUCCUGAAGAUGAGUAGUUGUCCACACGUCUCCCCAGCAGGGAUCCUGUGUGUGGCAGACCAGUGCCACGGCCUGCGGGAGCUGGCACUCAACUACCACCUCCUGAGCGACGAGCUGCUGCUGGCGCUCUCCUCAGAGAAGCACGUGCACCUGGAGCACCUGCGCAUCGAUGUGGUGAGCGAGAACCCGGGCCAGACCCAGUUCCACAGCAUCAAGAAGAGCAGCUGGGACGCCCUGAUCCGCCACUCCCCGCAGGUCAACAUCGUCAUGUACUUCUUCCUGUACGAAGAGGAGUUCGAGCCGUUCUUCUGUGAUGAGACACCCGUCACGCACCUGUACUUCGGCCGCGCCGUCAGCAAGGACAUGCUGGGCCGCAUCGGGCUGAACUGCCCACGCCUGGUGGAGCUGGUGGUAUGCGCCAAUGGGUUGGAGCCCCUGGAUGAGGAGUUGAUCCGCAUCGCCGAGCGCUGCAAGAGCCUGACGGCCAUCGGCCUGGGCGAGUGUGAGGUCACCUGCAGCGGUUUCAUGGAGUUCGUGAAGAUGUGCGGCGGCCGCCUCAGCCAGCUGUCCAUCAUGGAGGAGGUCCUGAUACCGGACAACAGCUACAGUAUGGAGCAGAUACACAGUGAGGUCUCCAAGCACCUCGGACGCAUCUGGUUCCCCGACAUGAUGCCCACCUGGUAGACAUGUGUACGAACAUGAAUAUGUACAGUACAGUGUAAAUGUCUGAGAAAAUUGCAUUUAAAGCUAUUUAUUUGAGCACUGUGUGUUUAUUUGCUCUGACAGAUGUGAGAAUAAAUACAAAUACAUUUUAAUACAGUAAACUGUGAUUUAAAGUGUUAACCAUUUCCAAACCUCCCCCUGAGGAAACAAAGGAUUUACAGUUACGAUCUGGUUCUAAUUAGUACUUUGUUAACUUAAAUCAGAUAUACUGCUGAGGGAACUGAAUAUAUCCAAGCCAUAUCUGGAGCUGCACUGAACAGAUGUUCUUCAGAACAGCUCAUAAGAAAUCUUAUAAAAAUAUAAAAAGGAAAAUAUAAAAUCUUAAAAUCUUGUUUUUACUGUAUUAAUGUUUAUUUCUGUUUAUUCUGCUGUAGUUGUACGAGCAAAAACACACCACCUGCAAAGUUUUAAACAAUGUUUUGGGCUGGCCUAAAGACUUUGGCGCAGUACUAUACUGUGCAAAAGUCAGAGACCACCUUUGAUAUAUUGAAUUUCAGUCAAAACACUAUUUAGUGCUUCAUAAAGUUCUGAUUUCUAAAGAGCUUAGUAUAAGUAUAUUUUGUAAGCAAUCCACUUAUAAAAAGAUGGUAAAAUAAAAGGAAAAUAAGUAUUUAAAAAAAAAAAAAGGUUUCCAAAACUGUAGUUCAAAAAAAUAAUUUUAAAAAAGUUACAGAAAAGAUGGAACUCAUAAAAUUGUGCAAGACUUGGUCCAUCGUCCUCCAGGUCUGCUGAAAAGGACCGAAGCUGUGAUAGAUCAAGAGUGGACACAGCAAGUGUUGACAGAAAAUGCCGUUAUAAUUAGUUGUGGGGGCUUCUGUGUAGAUGUCUGUUACAUCUGUUUUCUGAUAAAUAACAUAAUGGCUGCUUUGACUGGAAAUAUAAUACAUUAAGGGUGGUAUGUUGCUUUUGCACAGCACUGUACAUGCACACACUUAUGCAAACACACACAUGUACUAAUGUCCUUAAACGCUUAGAUAUACUAAGGCAAGAGAGCACACAUGUAUGCGAAUGCAUUCGGACACAAAGGACAAAAAGAGAAAGGAAUCUUUCGGGAUGGAAAUAUGAUACUGACACACUGGACUUGUUGUCUGUGUGGACAGACUGUUUUUCAGACAGAGAGAACUGGACUGUUUUUAACACGGGGGUCAAAAGUUUUUGAUUUGAAGACCCCAUAUUGUCUAUAGAAAAGACAUGUCAAAUAUGUGUAAAUGGAAAUGUGAUUUUCUGUGUUAUUAACUGAGGUUUUGUUUCAGAAAGCCAGAGAUAAUGCAGCUUGAACAGAGACCACCUGCUCACAGAAAUAGGACUUUCACUCAGUAGAGACUGGAGAUAUUGACAGAAUAAUUCAUGAAGCCCAGACUGCUGUGUGCUGCAGUGUCCUCCUGCUGUGGCUGGCUUUUCACAGGCCUCUCCACCCCAUACGGAAUUAGGGAACAGGAAAGAGUCGUGGAGGACGUGGACUGUGCGCUGUUAGGACAAGGUGUAGGUGUGGAUAGUCAACACUAGAACAGGUAGAGUCAGUUCUGUUAGAAUGGAAAUGAAAGCUGUGAGAUUUCAGACAGUGGUCUCUCACCCAACUGCAGUGGUUACAUAACUCGGUUUUGUUCUGUCUCCUUUGUGGAUUGAAUGUCAGUGCGAUUAAGCUUUCAGAGUCUUUCAGAGGGGCUUUUCUUACUUUCUGCUGUGUGAACAACUAUGCUUUUGUUUGUACUUUUUAUACCUACUUCAGCGUUAGGCUAAUUGUCCAAGACUUUAGUGGAAGCGUUUAUGUAUCUUUGAAAAUAUUUCCACUAAAACCUUGAGAUAUGUAAGUUAUGGUAUACUGAGCUUCACAGUUCUCGCAAAACUCAAGAGUUUCAUUUCUCACAUGUAAUUGUGAUUAUGGCAAAAAAGUGUGAUUCCUAAUGAUGGAGACUGAAGGAGACUUUAGGAGUGUGAAAUAUUGCUGAUCUAAGAUCAGAUGCCCUGGUUUUGUAUAAUGAAUGCAAUAGUUAAUGACCUGUAUAACAGGAAAACUAACAUUUCCUGCUUUUUUAAAUGAGUACACUGUAAUCAUUAAAUAAAAAACUGAUCUUUA